AUGUCAGCCAACUCCUCCAACCACUCCAGCUUGGACACUUCGCCUGUCCUGCCCAACCCGAGCGGAGAAACAUCGGCGUCUGAGUCGUCCAUACAGAAGAAGAAGAAGAACUCCAGGAGGAAGCAUAGAAACUCACAUUUGGGCUGUGGUACUUGUAAGAAAAGAAGGAUCAAGUGUGAUGAAAACUUGCCGAGCUGUUUGAACUGCUUGAAGGGAAAAUUGCAUUGUGCAUACUUGAACUUGGAUAUGCCAGCGAGAUCGGCCUUACGAAUGGCCCAGUUCAAUCAGAACCUCAGGCAAGACCGACAACAGGACCAUCCCGAGAUGGUAGAUGGGAUACCACAGGGCCCGGCCCAGGUGCACCAGCUGCAAGCCGUCGCUGUCCAACAGCAGGUACAGGCACAACAACAGCAGCAGGCCGUGCAACACCACCAGAUGCUCCAGCAAGCUCAGGUACAGGCGCAAGUCCAGGCGCAAGUGCAAGCACAAGUCCAGGCACAAGUCCAAGCCCAACAGCAAGCUGCUGCUGCCGCUGCUGCCCAAGGCGGCCAGCCUCAACCGGAUGGGUCAGUCAAGCUCGUGCAGCAUCCUUACUCUAAUAACGGGUCGACGGCAGCGUUUGCUGUUCCCUACCCAAUCAUCCAAACCGCAUCUCCUCUCAACAUGCACGGGUCUGCUCAACAGGCACACGUUAUCCAGUCACCGUAUGGACCUUUGGUUUCUCUCCAGCCUGUGAGCGUAGCGAUUCCCACGUACUCUGGGCAGGCAUCGAUGCCACAGAUCAUGUACCCGCAGCACGGAGUGGUCAAUGUUUCGCCAAUGCCCCAGCAAAUAAUGCAGCAACAGCAACAACAGCAACAACAGCAACACCACCAAGCACAGGCACAGGCACAGGCCCAGGCACAGGCGCAAGCGCAAGCACAGGCUCAAGCACAGGCACAGGCCCAGCACCAAGCCCAAGUCCAAGCAGCUCAUCAGCAACAGGUGUCUGGCCCAUUACCGCCCAUAAUACAAUCAGCGAGCAACACUCCUCAGCAAAUUGGCCUGAUACCCCAGCCAGCCCAGUUCACACAGCAUGUUGCCCCAGUUUUGUCCAAGCCUGCUGAUACCGGUCCUUCCCAUAUCAUGGAGAGCCAGUUCAGUAAAAGUCCACAAGUGACUAGCACUUCGAUUUCUAAACUGGGCAGUUCCUCAUCGUUGGCUCGAACAGCGAGUUAUGCUCAAUUACCAGGAAUUAAGCCCAGCUCUGGUCAAACGAGUGGAGAUACCACUGAAGGCAACAAACAGGAAGACGGCGGCAAGUCAGAAGGUAGCAACAAAGCAGCCGAUGAAAACCAAAGCAGCACCAAUUCACCAGUGUUACCCCCAAUUAAAAUAGAAGCGAACAUAUUGAGUAAAUAUGACUUUGCGUCGUCAAACGAGAAUGAGGAUAAAGAAGUCAGGCUUCCUCCCAUAAAAUCACUUAAUGUAAGCGAAAUUGACGUUGAACUGAAGAUUCCGCAAAUCAGUAAGCUACUUUCGUGA